GACUGGGUCUCCUUCACAGAACUAAGGGUCGGGAGGAAACGGGGUUUGACCCAGAGCCCCGCAGGAACCCCGAGCGCUUCUCUGAGCCUGAGCCCCGGGGCUCAGGGACGUCCGGCUGUGGGCCGCGGGUGGACACGGGCUGUGCCCGGCAGGGGAGAGGAGCAGGGAGCCAGCUGGGUGAGGCCACAGCGCCCAGCACCCCCACAUUGUCUGCCCUCCCCUGCCAGGGCGGGCGCCCCGGGACACGACUCGUCACGAGUCCGGGCAGGAAGUGUCGCCUAGGAGGGACACGGCAGAGACAGUUGUCACCAUGGUCAGCACCUCCCCACGGAGCUUUUGCGGGGGGGGGCACACCAGCCCCUCAUGGCAGCACUGGCUUCCGGCUCUGACACCCCGCCGCCCCCGGGGCCGGCCCGUCCUCAGGGGCCUCAUUAGGCUCCGGGUCUGACUCUGCGCGGCCCUGGGUGCUGACAUCACACAGAGGGGGGCCCGGGGCUCCUGCUCCCCGCAGAGGGGCCCCCGCCCGCACGGCCGAUCGCAGCAGCCAGCAGGGCCCGGGCUGAGCGCGGCUGCAGGGACCCGCAACGCAGGGUGCAGGGCUGACCUUGGCGGGCGCUGGCCCCCCUUCCCGCCCCCUCUCACGUGGACGGGCCUGGGCAGGCCCAGGUGGGCGGCCCCGCCUCCCGCCUGCACCAGGUGAGUGUGAGCCCGGCCGCCGCCUGCCACUGUCCGCCCCCUCCUCCUCCUCCGCAGCGCCCACCAGCCUGCCCCGCCAUGGACAAGUGGUACCUGGGAGGCAGCUCCAAGGGAGAAGUGGACCCGUUCCACUAUGACUAUGACACUGUGCGCAAGGGGGGCCUCAUCUUCGCGGGCAUCGCCUUUGUGCUGGGCCUCCUCAUCAUCCUCAGCAAAACUCUGCGAUGUGGAGGCAAGAAGCAUCGGCAAGUAGAUGAAGAUGACCUGUAAUAAAAGAGCGGCUGAGCCCUCCUCCUCCCCGUCCCCUUGGGACACCUUCCCCUGGCCACCGUCCUCUGUCCCCAGCUCUGCCGGGCCCGGGUACCCUGCCACUCUGAGUGGGCACAGCCCCUCCCCGC